AUGGCUGGGAGAUUCUGUCAGAGAGACGGAUGGAUCAUGACGGCGAUGGUAGCUGUUGUAGUCUCCGACGUCGGAAUGAAUACUCUGUUCAAAGCGGCGAGCUCAAAAGGAAUGAGCUCUUACGUCUUCCUCGUCUAUUCUUAUGGAAUCGGAGCUCUUCUUCUCUUUCCUUCUCCUUUCCUCACCCACAGGUCAAGAUCUCUUCCACCAUUAAAAUUCUCAGUACUUUGUAAAAUGGGACUUCUUGGUCUACUUGGAUGUGUGUAUCUGAUGUUAGGAUACACAGGAAUCAAAUACAGCUCUCCAACUUUGGCUUCAGCGAUGAGCAAUCUCACUCCUGCUUUCACUUUCCUCUUCGCUCUUCUCUUCGGAAUGGAGAAGGUGUCUAUGAAGAAAAAUAGCAGCUUAGCCAAAGUAGGAGGCACAAUAGUUUCGAUAGCUGGUGCACUCGUAGCCACUCUCUACCAUGGCCCCAUCAUCUUCGCUGCAUCUCCGUCGUCCGUUUACCUCCCUCAGUCUCUCUCACCGCCUCCAUCACCACCGUCGAAUUCUGAUUGGGUCAUCGGAGGAGGUCUACUAGCUCUUGAGUACACUCUCAUCGCUGUCUCUUACAUCAUUCAGACGCAUAUAAUGAGGGAAUAUCCGUCGGAAUUUGCGUUAGCACUUUCCCACAAUGUCUGCGUUUCAAUAUCUUGUGCGUUUGUUAGUAUUUUCGCGGAGAAGAACAAUCCGAGCGCGUGGACUAUGAAAGCAAAAAUAAUGUUGAUAUGCAUUGUUGCAACGGGGAUGGUAAAUUCGACGGGGUAUGUUGUGGAGUCAUGGACGGUCCGACACAAAGGGCCAUUUUUCCUAGCAAUGUUCAGGCCGUUAUCUAUAUUAACCGCCGUGGUAUUAGGCGCGAUUUUUCUUGGCGAUUCUCUUUAUCUCGGAAGUGUGAUUGGUGGAACGUUUAUAUCAAUCGGUUUCUACACAGUUAUGUGGGGAAAAGCAAAGGAAGAGAAGGCGGAAACCGAGACAUAUGCGUCUGCGACAUCAUCUCAAUCGAAGAGAGUUCCACUUUUGAUGAAUUAG